GCGCGCCGGAAGCGCGGAUCACACGGGCACCCACACGGCUGGUCACAAGGAUGUCAGGCUUCGCGGAGCUCGGGCUGUCCUCGUGGCUAGUGGCACAAUGUCGGCAGCUGGGUUUGAAGCAGCCCACGCCCGUGCAGCUCGGCUGCAUUCCCGCCAUCCUGGAGGGUCGAGACUGCUUGGGCUGUGCCAAGACAGGCAGUGGGAAGACAGCAGCGUUUGUCCUUCCCAUCUUGCAGAAGCUUUCUGAGGAUCCCUAUGGCAUCUUCUGCCUCGUCCUGACACCCACCAGGGAGCUGGCCUACCAGAUCGCAGAGCAGUUCCGGGUCCUGGGGAAGCCUCUAGGGCUGAAAGACUGCAUCAUCGUCGGUGGCAUGGACAUGGUGGCCCAGGCACUGGAGCUCUCCCGGAAACCGCAUGUGGUCAUCGCCACACCAGGGCGCCUGGCAGAUCACCUGCGCAGCUCCAACACUUUUAGUAUAAAGAAGAUCCGCUUCCUGGUGAUGGACGAGGCAGACCGGCUGCUGGAACAGGGCUGCACUGACUUCACCGUCGACCUGGAGGCUAUCCUGGCGGCUGUGCCGGCCCGCAGGCAGACACUGCUGUUCAGCGCCACGCUGACCGACACACUCCGGGAGCUACAGGGCCUGGCCACCAACCAGCCCUUCUUCUGGGAGGCACAGGCCCCGGUGAGCACCGUGGAGCAGCUGGACCAGCGCUACCUGCUGGUGCCCGAGAAGGUCAAGGACGCCUACCUGGUCCACCUGAUCCAGCGCUUCCAGGAUGAGCAUGAGGACUGGUCCAUUAUCAUCUUCACCAACACGUGCAAGACCUGCCAGAUCCUGUGCAUGAUGCUGCGCAAAUUCAGCUUCCCCACCGUGGCUCUGCACUCCAUGAUGAAGCAGAAAGAACGCUUUGCCGCCCUAGCCAAGUUCAAGUCCAGCAUCUACCGGAUCCUGAUCGCAACAGACGUGGCCUCCCGGGGCCUGGAUAUCCCUACGGUACAGGUGGUCAUCAACCACAACACCCCCGGGCUCCCCAAGAUCUACAUCCACCGAGUUGGCCGGACGGCCCGUGCAGAGAAGAAGCUAGAGGAAUUCUCUGUGGAAGAGGCCGAGGUGCUGCAGAUCCUCACGCAGGUCAACGUGGUGCGAAGAGAGUGUGAGAUCAAACUGGAGGCGGCCCACUUUGAUGAAAAAAAGGAGAUCAACAAACGGAAGCAGCUGAUCCUGGAGGGGAAGGAUCCUGACCUGGAGGCCAAGCGCAAGGCCGAGCUGGCCAAGAUCAAGCAGAAGAACCGGCGCUUCAAGGAGAAGGUGGAGGAGACGCUGAAGCGACAGAAGGCCGGCAGGGUUGGCCACAAGGGGCGUCCACCCAGGGCCCCACCUGGGUCCCACUCAGGCCCAGUCCCCUCCCAGGGCCCUGCCUGAGCCCCACACAGCCAUCUGCCCGGUCCUGGACUCUUCUAUGGAGCUGAGGGUCGGAGGAAACUUCCUGGGGGCCUACCCAGUGCCCCGCAGUGGAACCCGUGGGCACUCGUGUUGUGCGGGCCCUGCUCCUCUGCCCCGAAACCACUGGCUGGCCCCCUCCCUGAGCCUUGGCCAAGAUUCAGGCUGCAGAGGAAGAAAGAACAUGGCGGAGGUUGUGACCCCGACCCAAGGUCACCCCUUAGGGGUGCCGCAUACAGGAGGUGCUCAAUAAACGGGUCUUUUGACUU